UUCAAACUACAGAGCAGCAUCCUGUUGAUGCCAGUGAACAUGAGCUCGGCGGGGUCUCUGCGCUUCUCUCCCCCCGUCUGCGCGCCUUGAAAGCCCGUCGCUCGUGUGCGGACCGCGGCCGCGAUGUGCCAGCAAGGGGGCGAGGCGAGGGAGGACUGCGGCUCCCGGGAGGAGUGGACGCUGCUGUUCUGGACCUCUCUGGCCGUCAUCGUCCCGGUCAUCCUGACGCUGUGGUGCAGCGCGCGGCGCUCCAAGAGGAAGACCCACAUGAAGGAGUUCUUCAGGAAGAGCAAACACGGCUGGCACUACACGGACCUGUUCAACAAGCCCACCUACUGCUGCGUCUGCUCGCAGCACAUCCUGCACGGGGCUUUCUGCGACUGCUGCGGCGUGUGCGCAGACGAGCAGUGCCUGCGCCGGGCCGACAGGAGCCUCCCGUGCAAAGAGAUAGUGGCCCCGUCUCGCCCUGACGGAUCCACGGAGCACCGCUGGGUCCGCGGCAACGUGCCGCUGGCCAGUUACUGUGCUGUCUGCAAGCAGCAGUGUGGGACUCAGCCGAAGCUCUGCGACCUCAGGUGCGUCUGGUGUCAGACCACAGUCCACGACGACUGCAUGGGCAGCUUAGCGGACGCAGAAACGUGUGACCUGGGCGAGUUCCACAGCCUCAUCAUCCCUCCUCACUACCUCUACCGUGUCAACAAGCUGCGCCGCCGGCACCCCGACGAGUUCACCAAGCUGGGCGCUUCCUGUGGCAGAAGCUGGACACCUGUGUUGGUGUUGGCCAACACACGGAGCGGCAACAACAUGGGGGAGGCUCUGCUGGGAGAGUUUCGAACGCUCCUCAACCCUGUGCAGGUGUUUGACCUUUCCGAGCUGACUCCUUCCAAAGCCCUCCAGCUGUGCACCCUGCUGCCCCCAGGCAGAGUCCGGGUGUUGGUGUGUGGAGGUGACGGCACUGUGGGCUGGGUCCUGGAUGCAAUAGAUGCAAUGAAACUCAAGGACCAAGAUCAGUUUAUCCCCAGGGUGACCAUCCUUCCUCUAGGGACAGGAAAUGACCUUUCCAACACUCUAGGCUGGGGCGCCGGGUACGCUGGGGAGAUCCCAGUGGAGCAGGUUCUCCGUAACGUUCUGGACGCAGAGGUGGUCAAAAUGGACAGAUGGAAGGUCCAAGUAGCGUCAAAGGGGGUCUACUUUCGGAAGCCAAAGGUUCUGUCCAUGAACAACUACUUCUCUGUGGGGCCGGAUGCUCUGAUGGCGCUCAACUUCCACGCCCAUCGUGAGAAAACGCCCUCAUUCUUCUCCAGCCGCAUCAUAAACAAGGCCGUGUACUUCCUGUAUGGCACCAAAGAUUGUUUAGUGCAGGAAUGCAAAGAUCUGGAUAAAAGGAUUGAGCUGGAGCUGGAUGGGGAGCGGGUGGCGCUGCCCAGCCUGGAGGGCAUCAUCGUUUGCAACAUCGGCUACUGGGGAGGAGGCUGCCGGCUCUGGGAGGGGAUGGGAGACGAACCCUGCCCCCCGACUCGGCUGGACGACGGGCUGCUGGAGGUGGUGGGAGUGUUCGGUUCUUUCCACUGCGCUCAGAUCCAGGUCAAGUUGGCCAACCCUGUGCGACUGGGACAGGCACACACUGUCAGGCUGGUUCUGAAGAGCUCCACCAUGCCCAUGCAGGUGGACGGGGAGCCCUGGGCUCAGGGGCCCUGCACCAUCACCAUCACCCAUAAGACCCAGACCUGCAUGCUGUACCACAGCGCAGAGCAGACAGACGAUGACGAUGACGAGUCCAGCGCCUCCGAGCCGGAGAGCCCGACCCCUCACGACUCGCCCAGGCCCCCGUGGUUGACUGCUGUGCAAGCGUGACGCGCCUCGGGCGUCACGUGACCCUAAACGCCUCUUAUUAUGGUUCCAGUUUUACAGUCCGACUUCACUGGUCCACUGUCUGCUUGAGUUUGUCUCCACUUCAUAUGCUGAGUCAGUUUUGAAUCCUCGUUUUGUGUUCUUUGUCCUUUAUCCUUUAUUUGUUGCAGCUGAGAGCUCAGGCAUUGACUAUCUGGAGCAGCCAGGUGGCCGCGAACGUGUUGAGGAAAGCUUUCUGUUUAUUUGCACUGAUCCCUCGUGCCGUAUAGAUUGUAGAAUCUAGAGAUAACUGUGCUGUAUUUAUUCUGCUAUAUUUAAAACUAAGUGCUCCUUUUCGUGAGACAAAUGUAUCUCGUCCUCCACGCCCUCCAAAAGCCAUGCCAAACCUGCAGCAGGCCACGAAAAGCUGAUACAAGGAAAAGUCGUAUAAGAGAUGACAUCAACUCUCAGUUAAUGGUCUAAACCAAGCACAAAAGAAAGCUCUCUCUUGUGUUUAUUGCUGAAACUUUGAACGUUUGCUAAAAGACCCAUGAAGAUGACAUAAUGGCCACCUCCGAGAUCCAGUGACUUGCAGACGUAUUCUUGCACCUUGGAGCUUUCCACAUUUUGUCAAGUCACAAUGAGAAACGUCAGUGGGUUUUAUUGGGAUUCAAUGUGAUAGACAAGCAGAAAGUCCAGCAUAACUAUGAAGUGGAAGGGAAGUGGGAGAGUUUUCAAAAUGUUCCUGAAAGUAUAAAAUGCUGGGAAUACAUUUGUAUUCAUAACCCUGGAUAAAGGGGCUGUGCUUCCAGUCGUUUGGGCGCCGCCUCUCCCGCAUCUAACCCCAUUUAACUCUUUCUGUUGGCCUAUUACAUCAAACCACAAUAAAACAUACUCAAGUUGGAAAUGUUACAAUUUUCACCUUUGGAAGUGACCAUCUGUUUAAUCAUGCGACACUGCUCCUUUAGUUUGCAUCUUUGGAGCAGUUUGAGAAGCUUUCCUCAUGUGCUGAAUAUUCAGUCACUAGAUAUAUUCAGAUAUAUAUAUUCAGAUAUUCAGAUCCACUAGAUGUCCCUGCAGGAAAAUGGCUGACUUGUUGAGGGUCAAUAUGAAAGCACUGCCAAGUCAAUAUGGAACUACUUUGCCAACAUGUAAAAAAAAACAAAAACAUAUUUCCUCAUCUUUUCAAACUGUUUACAUACUUUAUGUUGCACUUGAGCGUAGCUCCUAUCCAUGUUACUGCCAUAAGUUAUUACACCUGCUGAUGAGAUUUUCCAUUGUGCAAAGCAAUCCUUCAGCUUCUCAUGUUUUACCUGUUCUCACCACAAGGGGGCAGGCUGAGGAGAGUAUUCAGAGGUGGAGCUUUUCAGACCAGUUUAGUUCAGUAGUUGCAGCAUCUGUCCAGGUGUAGUUGCAGCAUCUGUCCAGGUGUAGUUGCAGCAUCUGUCCAGGUGUAGUUGCAGCAUCUGUCCAGGUGUAGUUGCAGCAUCUGUCCAGGUGUUGCUCGGAUGAGGCUGUUGCACUUCGUGUUUGUCGGAGAUCCUGGUGCUGGCGGGAUUCCUGGCGCUCCGAGCCACAUCAGGAGAAGUCUGUCGGAUGUCUGGUUAAGGGUUUGCUGCAGCAGGCUUUAAGGUUGAGCAGCAUCAGUAACUGGGCAUGGUGAUGGCUUGCCGGACGACACCUGCUUUACCUUUCAUAGGCGUUUAGCAGAGCUUUGUGUUGUGAUGAAGCAGCUUUUAUGAAGCUCAAACCGCAUGAUUCUCCCUCUAAGUUUUAAUUUUUCAAGCUGAUUUGACGUGUUUUAUUGCAGGACUGACAUUGUCAUUGCUUGGGCAGUCUUGUGCAUUUGUGAGACUUUAAGAUGGCUUGUAAACAGUAUUGAUUUUAAAGCUAAAAUUUCAGAAAAGCAGCUUAAGCUUUAAAAACGCGACUAAAAGACUUGAAAUACUUGUAUAAUCGACUUACUUCUCUGCUGUCAAAAUUGAUUAUCAUUAUCUGCUAUAAUGAUAAUCAGCAACUUUAGGAAGACUUGUGUGAUCCCACUUUACCACAAACUACCAAGAAACUGAGCUCAGAGGAAAACAAGCGUUUAAUGCCAACAAUCAUGAAAGAAUGGCUGUUUACAAAAUGUGACAAGAACCAACUUUGAUUGAGAUGAAUGUAAAGAGAUGAUGUUUUGAAUUUGAAGACAUUCCCAUAAAUAUUUUCAUACAUA